CUGUCCUAUUGGUUUUUAUGGCCGAAAAGGGAGAGAUGGAGAACAACAUGGCAACAAAUCAUGCAACAAAGGGAAGUGAGGCUUACGUACAGUAAAUGUUAGCGUCUCUAUAACGUUUAAAUUUACCGAGAAAAAAGGCCUUCUUCUUUCGUUUAUUUUCCCCAUAAGAAGAGUUUAAACCGUCACGACGAAGAUGGAGUAAUUAAGCUGAAAGACCCCGUGGUAUCCUUCUCAAAUGUCCUGUAUUGAUCAACACAAGUUUGGACUGAAUUCACACAAGGUGUUGAGCCCUUCUCAUGGCCCUUUGGGGCCCAGGAGGAGGAUGCAUCGCGGUGUGGAUAAGGAUUUCCAGAUAUCAGCACGGAAGAUGGGCACAUCCUUGCUUUUCCAGCUAUCAGCUCAUGAAAGAGAGCUGGACUUAGUGUUUCUGGACCACAGCUAUGCCAAGCCAUGGAACGCCCACCCAGACGCCAGCAGCGCCCGGCCAACAAGGACACUGUUUGUUGCCCCUCGUCGCCAGCCUGAGGCCUUGCUAGAUUCUGAUUCUCUACUUGACGUGGAAACGGUCACACCUACACCUGUUCCUCUAUAUGACAACUCAAAAGCUCUUAGUGUGAUGAAGGAGUGUGAGCGACAUGUGCUGUUUGCUCGCACCGUUGCUGAGAGCCCUCCACCCCCCGAUGACUGGGAGGAACAUUUAAACAAGGCUGGAUGGUCAGUGGCCCAGAACAAACUGUUCAAUAAAGUCCUUAAAGCUCUGCAAGCGGAACGACUUGCUCGUCUGGCCAAUGAAAAUGCUUCCAAUGAGCCAAUUUUACGGAGGAUAGCCGUGGACAAGUGUGCCAGAAAGGUGCGGCAUGCAUUAGCCUGUGUGAACUGGGACAUCAAACUGACGCAGUGGUUACACACCACCAUGAUUGAAUCCCUAAGCCUUGCAAUGCUUGCUGCCUACUUGGAUGUGCUGCAGACUCUCAAAAGCAAGCUGCCCUCGCUGAUUGACAGAAUGUUGAUGCCUACGUCAAAGACUGGAGCUCCUAGUGCAGAGGCUCUGUCUCUGUUGCUGAAACGGCCGUGGGACCCAGCUGUUGGAGUUCUGUCUCAAAACAAACCGUGCAAGCUUCCUGGAUCCCCACUCAUCCUAAUUGCACCGUCAAGCCCAACCUAUCCCGCCCUCUCUACCUCGAGGCGAAUGAGAUUCUGGCAAUCGCAGCUCUCCUGUUUAGGAAAGGUCGUACCAGUGCACACUCAUGUUAACAGCGGCGCAAAUAUUGGCAUUACCCAGUGUCUGGAGCACAUGUUGGGUACUGUCAGGGCCAAGGUCAUGGAGGUUCACAGUCAUUUCCCCCACAAACCCAUUAUCCUGGUUGGCUGGAAUGCUGGUGCUCUCAUCGCUUGUCACGUAUCCCUAAUGGAGUAUCUGACUGCUGUGGUGUGUCUUGGAUUCCCCCUGCUAACAGUCAGUGGGCCAAGAGGGGAUGUGGAUGACCCGCUGCUGGACAUGAAGACUCCGGUGUUAUUUGUGGUCGGCCAGAACGCUUUGCAGUGCAGUAUAGAAGGUAUGGAGGAGUUCAGAGAGAAGCUGAGGGCAGACAACAGCAUGGUGGUGGUCGGAGGAGCUGACGAAAACCUCAGAAUCAAUUCAGCAAAGAUGAAAUCAGAGGGACUGACGCAGACCAUGGUGGACCGCUGCAUUCAGGAUGAGAUAGCUGACUUCUUGUCAGGCGUCCUCACAAGGGCAGAGGGUCACGGUCAUGGCUCAGGGGAGAUGAGGGACCUGGACACAGAGAAGAAGAAAAGGCCUAGACGGGAGCUUCCCUUUGACUUGGAGAGAGGACGACCUUCCUCCCCUGCGCUUCGAGUUCCCAUCUCACCUUCAGGCUCAGAGGAUCUAUCUAGUGUCUGUAGCAGUCCCACCUCAAGUCCCAAACCCAAGACCUCUGGUCUGUCUCCAGCACAGAAAUCCAGUCUGAUCACAGCCACACAGCUCCUCAAGACGCACAUGCAGCGCUCUGGCACAGUGCUCACUCACAAGCAGGCUCAAGCUCAGUUUGCUGCUUUUAUGAAACAAAACAUGCUUGUGAGGAAAAAUCUUCCUCCUGGCACUCCUCCUUGUAUUUUUGUGCCAGUGACCAAUGAUCAGGUGGAGGGCCUUGACAGAGAUGAAAUGAGGCCCCUUGGCAAAAGGAGGCAGACACCUAGUCCCACACCAAGCAAAGCCUCCAAGCGUGCCAAGAUCAAGGUGACCAUUGUUUCCCAAAGCGAUUCAGCAGGGGGCACCAUCAGCCCUGCUGCUCAAGAAGCGAGCGCCUCUGGGAAGCCCUUAACAGUGACAGUGGGACAGACUGUGGCUGGAGCCAAGGAGCUCUCUGGACUUCUCACAGGCCAGCGGUCUGGUAGUCUCUCAGAGGUGACUGGUGCCCUGUCCCCAGGCUCCAGCUCAUUCAACAGCGUGCAGCCUUGCAUGGUGUCAGGGUCCUCCACGGCAGCCCAGGCGCAAGCUCCGGCUACUGCCCAAGCGCCUUCCGCAAGCAGUCUGCUACAAGGCCUAAGUUUCAGUCUUCAGGAGAUCAUCACCAAAGCUCCUAGCCUGCCCUCCACUGCAGCCAACACAGGCAGCGCCCAGACGGCCUGUGGGAAGCCUCUGGGUCAGGUCCUGAGCUCUGUCGGUACCAGCAGCAGUACUCUGCUCCGGGCCAUGCCCGUGGUCACCACAGGAGGAGUGGCCAAAACCACUGCCAUCCACCAGCUGCUCACCAAUGGCGGUCUGGCCAAACUUGCCAGCAGCCUGCCUGGCUUGGCACACAUCACCAAUCAGACCGCUGGUAUGUCUCGAACUGCCAAAACACGGCGGCCACGUUGAGUGACCAGGGUUCAUCCAUCCUUUGCUUUGGAAACACUAGAUCAAGACGUCUGUAGACCACGGAGAAUUGUCGCAGCAAAGGAUCAUAGAGGACAGCUCUGUCAGCGUGUCUGUGUGUAGAUAGUUUUCCUGUAAGAGCCUGAGUCAGAUGUUCUGCUUAUGAAGCCUUUGAGCAGCGUCAUACAACAUGUUUUGAGUGCAUGUUUAGGAAAGAACCCUAUGGUCAAUGUAAGGUCAAAUGUUUGAGCUCCCGGCUUAUGUUUGACACAAUGUUCAAGGUGAAAUUGAUGCAAAUGUAAAAUAUAAAUGUAGGAAACUAUUUGCUACAGAAGAAUUGUGAAUAAUUUGAAGGUUGACCAAACUGCUUUUGAAUGUCAGUUUUUGUUCGUUACAGCUGCCAUUUCAUGUUUGUGUUUGUUUUGUUUGACUCUUCAUGUAGUAACAUUCUGAAAACCCUUCCAUAAAUUCACCUGUUUAUAAUAUCCAUAAAUAUUAAUGCUGACCUCUGACAGAGAACUGUUGAAAAGCAAUAACAGUAUGUGGCAUUACCCAAGCUCUGUUAUUGUUGUCACAAUAAAGACUGGAAUCAAACUCA